GGUCGUUGCUGCAGAUCACAGUCUCCCUCUCCCCUCCAGUACAGAAAAAGACUCGUAUUAUUGUAGCGACAAAAGGAUUUUAGUGGCUUAUUGGAGAAUUCUCUGCCAAGUUAAGACAAUGGCUCCUGGUUCAAUUGAUCCCGAGCCUCUGCCUUGGCAGUCAACAGUUGAGCGCAAGAAACAACAACAGCGUGACAUUUUGUCCAAGGCUUUGUUGGAACUUGGGAAGUACAAAGAGUUACAAAAUGUCGAUAUCGACCAGCUUGCCGAUACAACCCAAACUUUAAGCCUUAUAUCCAAAGGGCAGCUGACAUGCAAAACCGCUGUGCAAGGAUUGAUAGAACGGGCAAUCCAAGUUCAUCAACAGGUAUGUCUUUAUGUCCUACGUUUUGAAAAUUAAUACUUUUCUGAUCACAAUUAAUAUAAUGUAGACCAAUUGUCUUACAGAAGUUGCUUUCGAAGAUGCUUUGCAACAGGCCGAAGAGCUUGAUGCCUACAUGAUCAGCGAGAAACAGCCAAUAGGACCCCUACAUGGCUUGGUUGUUACUCUCAAGGACCAAUUCAAUAUUAAGGGCUAUGAUAGCACUCUGGGCUACGUUGGACGGUCCUUCAAUCCAGCUACUGACGAUGCCGUACUGGUCAAAAUGCUCAAAUCACUGGGCGCUAUCGUUCUCGCAAAAUCGAACUUGCCUCAAAGCAUUAUGUGGUGCGAGACGGAGAAUCCCCUUUGGGGGUUGACUACCAAUCCCAUGAACAAAGAUUACACACCAGGUGGCUCUACAGGUGGUGAGGCUGUCCUGCUUUCUUGCGGUGCCUCUAUGCUCGGAUGGGGUACAGAUAUUGGCGGAAGCAUCCGCAUUCCUAGCCACAUGAUGGGCAUAUAUGGAUUGAAGCCGAGUAGCACAAGACUACCUUACCAAGGCGUCCCUGUGUCGACAGAGGGUCAGGAACAUGUUCCAUCUUCAAUUGGUCCAAUGGCACGGGACCUGAGCAUGAUCAAAUAUGCCAUGCACAGCCUAAUCGAGUCAAAGCCAUGGGAUUACGAUGCACGCUGCGCUCCGCUUCCUUGGCGAGGCCACUUAUACGAAGAAAUGCAUAGCCGCCCACUUACUAUCGGUGUUCUGAUGGAUGAUGGUGUUGUUCGUCCACAUCCACCGAUAACGCGAGCAUUGCGAGAUGCAGUUGAAGCUUUGAAGCUUGAGGGUCAUGAGAUUGUGGAGUGGAAUACUGAACUCCACGAGCAGUGUAUAAGAACUAUGGAUAUGUUUUAUACUGCUGAUGGUGGUGAAGAUAUCCGCCAAGAUAUAUCAAGGGCUGGAGAGCCAUUCAUCCCUCACGUCAAACGCCUUGUCAAUCGCGGCAAAGCAAUUUCGGUAUACGAAUAUUGGAAGCUCAACAAGAAGAAAUGGGAUCUGCAGCAAGGUUACUUGGAGAAGUGGAACUCGAUCCAGUCUGCAACUGGCAGAAAGGCUGACGUGCUUCUCAUGCCCGUCAUGCCGCAUACCGCUGUUCGACACGGUGGAUGCGGCUGGGUUGGCUAUACAAAGGUGUGGAAUGUUCUUGACUAUACCGCGAUGGUUAUACCUGGCGGUACGAUACAGUCGGGGGAUGUUGGCACACCGUUCUCGCAUCCUGCUAGAGGACCUGAGGAUGAAUGGAACCAGGGGCUCUGGAACAAGGACAAAGACGAGAUGGCUGCGAUGAAUCUCCCAGUUGGGCUGCAGAUCGUCGGACGGAAACUUGAAGAGGAGAAAGUGCUUGGGGCUGCUGAGGUAAUUGAUCACGUUGUGAAAAAGCUGCUACAGCCCCAGUACUCUCAAGCAUUAACAUAGAUUUGUUAUUCUUAGUUAGAACCAGAUCAUGCACCGAGGACAGAAGAUGUAUAAGUUGGUUGAAGGAACAUGUCUUUUAUAUGCUAUCUAGAGCAUUCAAUAACCUUUAUACGCCUGUGCUGACCAUAUCUGGUGUAUCUGCCAUAUGCCUCCUAAUUAUAUGCUUUUUCG